GGGAAGUGCCCGGAGCCCGAGGCGUCGGGGAGCUUUGUGCGCGAGCGGCCCCUUGGAAAUCCCGAGGCUCCUCUCCGCGGCGUCCUAACGGAGCCGGGAGAAGUUUUACCCGGGAAACUUGGAGCGGUGGGCGCUCACGGAGCGUGCAGUUGGGGUGGGGCGAGGGGUCGUCGGUUUUCACACCAGGGGUGGGGUGGAGAGGAGAGGGGACGCGACUGAAGCACGGCGCAGGAGUUGGCGAGGGAGGGUCCCCGGCUGUCAGCGUUGGGCGCGCGGACCGGCGGGCGCAGGCGACGGGCGACGCCCCCGCCACGGGAACUGUGGGAGCACUUUCUGGAUGGGCCAGCUGGAGAGAGAAACAGACUGAUGUUAUUUAUUUUUCAGGAGACGAAAAAGAGGACGUGUCUUUUGUCAUUAAGAGCAAAUUAAAGCAAUUUGUAAUCUUAAGGCUACGUAGGUUGAGCUUUCCAGGUUGACUGUGUGUGAGUGGGCGGACGGGAGGGUGAGUGACAGACGUAAGGAUCGUUUCGGACGGAGAUCAUCUCUGUGACUCCUUGUUCUUAAGUGUGGAAGAAAUCGGGGUCGUGAUCACAGAAGCCAGACCUCCACUUUCCAGGGACAGACGGAGAUUACCAGCCAUUUUAAUGCCAAGGCGGGUCAAAUGAUAAUCGCUUCUAAUUGGCAUCCCCACAAGCUCCUUAAUUAUAAAGAGCAAAAUUCUUCCUACCUUGGGAAAUCGGGUUUUCUUUCCACGUCGUUAUUCUAAUAAGUACACACCAAAGCGUAAAAUCAGCAACGGCAGAGAUAUUUACAUGAAACGCUGUUCGCGAAGUAUCUUUUAAUUAUUAAAGCGUGCGUCAUCUUAAAAAAUGAGAUCUGAAAAACAGAAGUCAUGUGAAAGUCGAAACCAGUUGGGACGGGGUGGGACGGAGGGGGACAGUUAACUCAGAAAUAAGAUCCAGAAGUGCGAGGUGAGGUAAUAAGAACCUGGUGUGUGCAACAGUCCUAAAAUGAAAGAGAACAAAUAACAGGAACCUGGAGAAUUUGAGAACAUAAAGAAGCAUAGUAUCCAUGAAUUAUGAAGAGAAACAUGUACAAACUAGAACGGAUGACAAAAGCUGCAAAGUACUAGCUCUGUGAUUAGAUCCAAUUCUCCAACAACAACAUCUCAGAUUAUGGCAAGAAAGAAAAGGAGAGGGAUAAUAGAGAAAAGGCGUCGAGAUCGGAUAAAUAACAGUUUAUCUGAGUUGAGACGACUGGUGCCAACUGCUUUUGAAAAACAAGGAUCUGCAAAGUUGGAGAAAGCCGAAAUAUUGCAAAUGACAGUAGAUCAUUUGAAGAUGCUUCAGGCAACUGGGGGUAAAGGCUAUUUUGAUGCGCAUGCUCUGGCCGUGGACUUCAUGAGCAUUGGCUUCCGGGAGUGCCUGACAGAAGUGGCCCGGUACCUGAGCUCCGUGGAGGGCCUGGACUCCUCCGACCCCCUGCGGGUGCGACUGGUCUCUCAUCUCAGCACUUGUGCCUCGCAGCGGGAGGCGGCGGCCAUGACGUCCUCUCUGGCCCACCACCACCACCCCCUGCACCCGCACCACUGGGCGGCAGCCUUCCACCAUCUCCCCGCGGCCCUGCUCCAACCCAACGGACUCCACGCCUCCGAGUCCUCGCCCUGUCGCCUCUCCACCGCUUCGGAAGUGCCUCCUGCCCACGGCUCCGCGCUCCUCACGGCUACGUUCGCCCACGCCGACUCUGCCCUUCGGAUGCCAUCCACGGGCAGCGUUGCCCCCUGCGUGCCACCUCUCUCCACCUCCCUCUUGUCCCUGUCCGCCACUGUCCACGCGGCCGCAGCCGCAGCCACCGCCGCAGCACACAGCUUCCCUCUGUCUUUCGCGGGGGCCUUCCCCAUGCUCCCACCUAACGCAGCUGCGGCCGUGGCAGCCGCCACAGCCAUCAGCCCGCCCUUAACUGUGGCAGCCACGUCCAGCCCACCGCAGACAAGCGGUGCAACAAACAGUAAACCUUACCGACCCUGGGGGACAGAAGUGGGAGCUUUUUAAGUUUUCAUUGGACUUUUUGCAAUAGUAACUGAAUGUCCUUCAUUUCAGAGUCAGCUUAAACCUCUGCACCCUGAAAGUAGUCAUACAGAUGUCUACAGAUCCACAAAGGAACAAUAAAGCUAUUUGAGACACAAACCUCCCAAGUGGAAAUGUGGUAUUAUCUUUUUUUCUCGUGUUUUGUUUAAGGCAGCUUGGUAACUGACAUCAGCAACUUUUGAAACCUUCACACUUGUUUUCAUUUAGAUGUUUCCUGGAAAAUAUAUGGACUGUAUCAUCCAGCAGUGCAUCAGUAUGUCUGAAUUGGGGGGAAAAACAAAACAACAACAAAGAAAACCUGACUGGAUUCUCUUGAAACUAGAUGGAAAAAAUAUACUCGUGUUUCAUAAGUGCCUGAGCUAGUAAAGUUUUCUUCUGAAUAUAUAACAUUGCACAAGUAAAGAAAAGUGUAGAGGUUAGGUUAAGGGAAGGGACAGAAGUCUUGCAUUAGGUUGCAGACAUUUUAAUAAGGUGCCAGAGAAGAGUACUCUAUUGAAACCAACAGGUUUUUCUUGGCCAAAAGGAUUGCUGAAAAUAAUUUUCAAGUUGAAAGACCUAGUUUUAUCUUAGUUUGCUUCUUUGUACAGACUUGCCUGCAAAGUGGUGACAUUUAGCAAUGCAUUGGUAUAAGCAAUUAUUCCAUCAGUGCUCAGAUUAACAACCAUUUCUGCCCUGCCUGCAAGCCCCCAGGCACUUUUUUCAUGGUUCAAAAUAUGGUGCUUCUUUAUGUAAACCGUGCAUUUAUAGAAAGAGUGCACCUAAAAGCAGUUGCCUACCAUGUGCCCACCAGAAGCUAUUUGAUUCAUGCCAACUUGAAAAUUCUCCAGUUUGUAAAAGUUUAGGUUAAUUUAUUGUUUCGUUUAAACUAUUUUUACAUAUUUAUCCUCUUCAUUUUGUCCUAAUAAUGUGUAAUAUCUAUUCUUGUCACCCUUUGGGAAAAGUUGCAUUUCUGGAGAUGAUGAGACAGGGAGAGAGCAUUGGGAAGAGAAAAGCCACGAUUUUUAAAUGCUCUUUGUCAAGCUCAUGAUUGCAUUUGAUCCCAAAUCAAGAUGAAUGUAUGCAGUGGGAUAUACAGAAAUUAUUUUUGUUCAUACCUAGACUAGUGCUACAUAAUGGUGUUUUUCUUUUGUUUUUGUUUGUUUGUUUGUUUAGUGACAACAUAAUCUCUUAAUACAUUGAAAUUGAGCACAUGAGAUUUUAUGUUUGAAAGAUAAAGACACAGCAUGUAUUCUUAUGCACUUCAUUUCUCUGCUGUGUGGAGAGAGCAAUAAACAUGAGAAUGUUAAACAUUAUGCAAAAUUAUACUUUUUAAAUAUGUGUUUUAAAAUUAUUGUACCCAGUCUUUUUUUCAUUACUUUGUAACCUUUUUCUAUGCAAAAGUCUACAUAUCACUAAUUAAAUGAAGUCCUUUUUGACUAUUUUCAUGUGGAUGAGUUGCUUUGCAGAAUGGAAAGUUGACAUGAAUUUCAAGCAAGGCCUUCCUUCAUUGAGAGUUUAAGCGGUGGCUUUUCUUUUUCUCUUUCAGAGUCAUUUAAUAUAAUUCACAGCUUGCCUGAAAAUAACAUUUAUCUGAGCUUGUAAAUCAAUUAGGCAUAGGCAGGUAUGACAUUAUUUGGAGACAGGAAGUAAUUUCCUCUCCCUUUGAUUCUUAACCAUGGUUCUUGGAAAAGUGCAAAUAUAAGAACUCCAGAUAAUAGUAAACUGAAUCUAGGAUAAUAAGCUAGAAUGUGUCAUACGUUUUGUAACUCAAAAACGUUUGUAGAGGGUUUUUAAAACAUCAUAUGCAUACGUGAUAAGCAUAUACAUGCUUCCUGAUGAUAAAUCCUUUGUACCUACCUCAGUGAAACUCUUUUGAUGCUGUAAAAAUUAAUGCACAUAUCUCUCCUUCAAUGAAGCCUAGAAGAGAUUAUUUCAGUACCUGAAGUUAUUGGGCCAAACAUAAGAAAAGAAUUUAAAAAAGAAUAUUUUUAUUCAUAUCAGUUAUGCUCACAGUUAAAGAGUGUGAGGUUUCCUAUAUUAUUUUAGUUUUGAAAAAUUAAGUAUAUUGUUGUUCUAAUUUUUGUCUGUAAGUGGAAAAAAAAUAAGCAAAACCAGAUCACUUUGUUCCUCCUGUCUGUAAGUUCUGUGGUCAUUGUAUCUUCAAUUAGCUCUGAUGGAAUUAGGUAGUAAAUAAGAAAAUGAAUUUAGUAGUAUUUGAAGUUUGCUUUUUAAUCAUGGUUUGUGGACAAUACGCAUAGAAAUAAUUCUUAGUUUAAGAUCAAAAGCUGAUUCUGUGCCUGUUGUAAUGUCAGCAUUCAAAGAAUUUCUUUCCUUUUUUGGAAUGUAAACUAUUUUUGAGAUCAGGAAUUUUUAUUUUUAAUUCUGAUUAAAUAUUUUAAGAUAGA